UUAAAUUACAAGUACAAUUGCAUUUUUUUUACGUUUAUAAUCAUUCACUUUUCUUUCUUUGUUUGUUUGUUUUUUUUUCUUUUUUGAUACUCAUCUCUCAUGUUUCUUUUUUAAAAAACAAAAAUCAGAAUUAAUACAUUUUUAGGCUUUUAUGUAUUAAGUAUGCAUACCUCUUACCCGUUACAAAUAGCGUAAGAAAGCAAAAAAAAAUUGGGUGCGCACCCAUCUUCUUCAAUCCACCCAAAUUCAAGUAAAUCUUUUUUUUUUCUCUCUUUUUGAAAAAAAUAAUUUAUAAUUUUUUUUUAUCGUGGGUAAAUAUAAAAAUAUUGGUAGACACUAUCUCCUUAGUUGCUAAACUUUUUUAAUUCCAAUUAUUGGUAGACACUAAACGGUUUAAACUCAAAAUUCAAGAAUAGGAUUUCCUUCAUUUUGAUAAUUGAAGCAAGGAAUAUGUUCAAUAAUCGAAUUGUUAAUUAAAAAUUAAUUUCGUGAUAAAAUCGAUUAUGAUGGCAGAGAUAUUCUUGUAAAGCAAAGAAUAGUGUGCACUAAUCAAAUUAGUUUCAUAGUGAGAUGGACGAUAAUUACAAGUUAUUCUUGUUUAUCCUAUCUCAAACUGCCAUGAUAAUAUAGAACAUAUUGUGCGACGUUCAUCUACAACAGAGCUUCCUAUCACAGUCCAAUCCAGAUCCUAGACCUAAAAUGCAGGGGAUCGUGAGAGCAAUACGAUCAUGGCAAGAGACAUUAAAGAAGAUCACGGUCAAGCAAUACUCGUGCAGAAGAGAAAUGAGUAAAGUGGAAAAUAUCUUAGAAGGAUCAGAAUUAGGAGGUGGUUCACCUUCUUCACCGAAAAGUUUGGAGAAUAUUACUGUCAGAGAGAUUGUUUCGAAAAGGGGAGGAGGUAUUGGCUCCUCCAUGAUAUCCUGUAGGGCAGAGGAUACUGCAAUUGAAGCUGUGCAAAAUAUGGCUAGACAUAACAUUGGAUCUUUGGUGGUGAUGAAGUCUGAAGGGGAAAGCAUUGCUGGGAUUGUCACAGAACGAGACUACCUGAAGAAAAUAAUAGCAGAUGGGAGAUCUCCCAUAUACACAAAAGUAGGAGAAAUAAUGACUCGUGAGGACAAACUAGUAACCAUAACGUCCGACACGAACAUCCUCAAAGCAAUGCAGCUUAUGACAGAGAAUCGCAUAAGACAUGUUCCUGUGAUAGAUGGCAAACUAGUUGGCAUGAUUUCUAUUGUAGAUGUUGUCAGAGCAGUUGUAGAGCAGCAAAAUGGGGAACUCGAGCGACUAAACGACUAUAUAAAAGGAGAAUACUAUUAAAAAUUGAAUCUAAGAAUUGGAGAAUACACAAUUCAUACAAUAGAAACACUCUUUAUUUAGAGACGGCCCAACAAUGGGUAUCAUGUAAAAGCAAAACAAGGAAGAAGAUUUAAAAGAAGUCAAAGCAUAUUGUGAAAUCUUUACACUUUAUUUUCUUUUUUA